AUGACGAAUGAAACACCUGAGGUAGUUAAAAUAAAUAAGUGGGAUGGAGCUGCUGCUAAAAAUGCCAUUGAUGAUGCCAUUAGAGAGGUGUUUACUGGAGAAUUAAAAUGUAAAGAGAGUUUUGCAUUGAUUGAUGGACGCUUAUUCCUUUGUGCUUUGGCUGUUGGAGUAGCUCUCUAUGCUCUGCUUUGGGACUACUUAUAUCCCUUUCCACAGUCUAAACUCGUGCUCAUAAUAUGUGUAUCAUCAUACUUCAUUCUAAUGAGCAUUUUGACACUAUACACAACUUUCAAGGAGAAGGGAAUUUUCGUGGUUGCUAAGGAGAAAGUUGGCAACAAUAAUAGAGUUUGGGAAGCUAGCUCUUAUGUUAAGAAGCAUGAUGAUAAAUACAAGUUGGUUCUUGUGAUGAGAAACUCUAAUGGAAAGUCUCGUGAAGCAUCCAUAAACAAGUCUUUUGCCAAUUUCAUUGAUAACAAUGGUACAGUUGUCCAAAAUCUCAUUAUCAAUGAAAUAACGAAGCUCUACAACUCCCUGUCUGCCGAGAAGAAGGAAAAA